GGCGCGGGUCUCGGGUCUCGGGUUUCCCAGCUCACAGGGCGCCCUGAACGCAGCAGAGCCCGGCGCGGGUCUCGGGUUUGGGGCAGAGCUCGGGUCCGGGUCCGGGUCCGGGUCCGGGUUUAAAUCAGAGUGUGUAGGAGUCCUCUGCUCAGUAAAGCAGCUGAGCGCUCGUGCAGCGUCAGUGUGCAGCUCGUGUGCGUUAGCCGUUAGCCGCUAGCCGUUAGCCGUUGGCCGUUAGCAUGGCGCGCUGGGGGCAGGGGGACCCCCGCUGGAUCGUGGAGGAGCGCGCGGACGCCACCAACGUCAACAACUGGCACUGGACGGAGCGGGACGUGACGGGCUGGUCGGCGGAGCGGCUGAAGCAGCUGCUGCUCGGCGUGCGGGUCGAGGGCGAGGACGGCGUGUGCAGCGUCACCGACGUGUCCAAAGUGGAGGGCGAGGCGUCCAUCAACAACCGCAAAGGAAAACUCAUCUACUUCUACGAGUGGCUGCUGCGCGCCUCCUGGAUGGGGACGUCCCGGACGGGGAUCAGGUACAAAGGGAACGUGGAGGUGACCAACCUGUCAGACGAAAACGACCUGGACGACCUGGACAUCUCGGUGUCUCUGUGUAAAGACGAGCCCAACACGCCGCUGCUCGGCCUGAUGCGGCGGGACGGGGUGCAGAGGGUCCGGGAGGCGCUGGGCGAAUACGUCAGCCUCCUGAAAUCAGAGUUCACACAGGGCAUGAUCCUGCCCACCGCCGGCGAAGCCCCGCCCCCUCAGCCGGCCCAGCAGAACAAGGUCAAGACCAGCAAGACACAGAUAAGCUCCGCCCCCAGCCCCAGCCCCGCCCCCAGCAGCACAGGGGUUCAAAUCCCAACGUGCAGCUUCUCUUUGAAUGAAACCUUCCUGACAUCAGCUGACGAGCUGUACAGGACCUUCACCCACCAGGAGUUCGUGCAGGCGUUCACGCGCUCGCCGGCCGUGGUCGAGGCCCAGCAGGGCGGCAGCUUCCGGCUGCUGGACGGCAGCGUGAGCGGACGCUUCGCCCAGCUGGUUCCUGAUGAGAAGAUCGUCAUGAGGUGGAGGUUCAAGUCCUGGCCCAGCGAGCAUCACGCCACAGUGACCCUGGAGCUGCAGGAGCGCGGCGGCGAGACGGAGCUGAGGAUGGAGUGUCGAGGAGUUCCUGCAGCCGAGGAGGAGCGAACCAGGGAGGGAUGGAGGAGGUUUUACUUUGAAGCCAUAAAACAGACUUUUGGAUAUGGAGUGUGACUCUGAUGAGAGCAGAGCUCACCUGCCAACACCUGAACACCCAAACACCGCUGUGCCUUCAGACAGACAGACAGACAGACAGACAGACAGGCAGACAGGCAGACAGACAGACAGACAGGCAGGCUUCUCUGUCACUGGUGUUGUUAUGCUGUGAGGUUUGAUGUAGAAAAGUUUGGGUCUUGAACGAUUCAUUCAAAGAGUUGAUUUGAUUUGUGAAGACAGCUCAGCCCGUCUGUCUGCCGCCUCCUCAGUCACACCUCCUCAUAUCCUGCUAAGUCACCUCCCAUUGGUCGGCCUCAUCCUCUCAUCCAGAGAACGUUCUGCUUCCUGUUUGAUGAACUGAACACAUUCAGACAUGAUGGUGUUCAGUCCGUCAACAGGUGAAAAUCUGUUUCUUUGAAUGAGGUUGAUCCAGUGAAGGAGGCUGAGGCUCAGCUGCCGAGCUUCCAGUUCAGUCCCUGCAGAACCCUAACCCUAACCCUAACCCUUACCCUUACCCCAACCCUAACCCUAACCCUAACCUAACCAAACCCUACCACACAAACUGGAACUGAUGCAGAUAAAACAUUUGGGGAAUCAUGUGAAUUCUUGUACACGCUUGCAAAUAAAUGACUCCUGGGGACUGUUGAGUUGUGGCAGCUGUGGCGUCGCCGGCUGAGUCGGCCUCCUGCUCUGGGUCUCCUGUUCGCUCUCCUGCAGGUUGAAUCUGUUCAGGCGUUCGAUCGACACCAUGAACAGCAGUGAGGAGGCUGUGACAUCAUGAGGCCGCCAGAGCGAGGCGACUAGCAUUCUGAGCUCGUAAAGCUCCUAAAACUGCACGCUGUCAUCGGGCAGACUCACUCGUGUUAACUGGUUUCAGACCCAUGAACAAAGAGGAAACCAGCUCAGUUCUCUGUCAUCACAGCGACCCAAUGAAUCAGAAGUGAACAGGAUCGCCUCGUUCACGUGAAAAAAAGAACAAAUCGUUCAUGACCGAAACUCUGAUGUGUGUAAAGUGUCAGAGCAGAACUCUGUGUUUUUAUUAGUCUGACAGUCCAGUUUAAUUCAAACCUGCAGUCCUAACGAUGCAUUAGUCUUAACGAGCAAAACGAGCUGAAUCCCUGCAGACUGUUCAAAUGUUUGACUCCAACUGACUGAAAACCAAAGCAGAAUAAAAGUUCUUUAUCUGAAGA